AUGCGGGGUGUGGGGCAGCAGCUUCCCCAUGCCCCAUGGCAAAGCGGAACAACAUGGGACACUUUCAGCAGCAGUGACAAGACGACGGCGGCGAAGAAGCAGAAGCAGGAGGAGGAGGAGGCGGAGAAGGAGGACGGUCUCCGGGCGCGGACAGGUUGCCUCUCGCCGAGGCUGGAGCUCCUGCCCUCGCCGUGGUGUCCCGCCCGCUCCCCUCCGCCGCCGCCGCCGCCUCGCCUGCCUCCCGCGCUCCUUUGGGCAGAGCACUAUGUCCGGAGCGACUUGCGGGCAGCCGGGCAGCCGCCUCCUCCGCGCCGGGCCCGCCGCCCUCCGCCGCCCGUGGAGCUGGAGCUGCUAACGCGGACCCCGCACUGGCCGCCCGGGCACAGCCUCAGCCUGCCCCGCAGAGAGACCCCCGCCGCCCCCGCCGCCGCCUCCACCAACAGCCUCGCCACCAGCCCCACCCGCAGCAGCAGCAGCAGCGAAGGAGGAGGAGGAGGAGGAGGAGAGGGAGGCAGCAGCAGCAGCUCGGGGUCGCUCAGCACCAUGGACCUCUCCUUCAUGGCCGCGCAGAUCCCCGUGAUGGGAGGAGCCUUUAUGGACUCACCCAAUGAAGAAUUUAGUACGGAGUAUUCCUUGUUUAACUCCUCUGCCAAUGUCCAUGCAGCAGCCUCAAUGCCAAGCCAGCCGGAAGAGGCAUCUCGUUCCUCAAACGAUGCCAUUUUGUUAUGGAUUGCCAUUAUAGCCACGAUUGGGAACAUUGUAGUUGUUGGAGUUGUGUAUGCCUUUACCUUCUGAAAAGAAAGGAGGAUGGUCUGAAGAGGUGGAGGAUUUCUUUGCUGUCUUUCAUGAGUGCAGAUGUGUAUGUGUGUGUGAACAGACAGAUAGAUAGAUGCGCACAUACCUGUACAAAAAUGUAUAUCUUUAUAAAUACAUGUAGGUAGAGACUGUUUGUUACCUAAGACCAAGUUUAAAACAGGUGGCAAACAUCUCAGCAGAUAUUUGGAAGCUUUUGUAAAUGAUGUCAGGGAUGAAAUGCCUAAUAUAUAGCAUUAACCAGCUAAAUGUAAAUUUAGUGUAAAAGGCCCAUGUGAAAGAAAAGAGAUGCGUGUUUGGCUUAGAGUCUGUUUUUCUGGUUGGUAAAUUUGUUGCUCAUUUUUUUCCUCUUGCAGUGAGAUUAUAGUAUCUAAUCUACUGCUGGAAUGGAAUUCAAAACAUGUAUUUGUGCAAAUGUGCUACACCUCUUACAUUUUCUGCCAACCUUAUUCUCUUGCUCUCCAGAGACGAAAAGCAAGUAGGAAUCUAAAUCUGUUCUGUUUUGUUUGUAACUGGAAGGUUAUGGCAAGGUGGCAUGUAAGAAGUGGCAUUUUCUUUUGUUCUUUACAAAGCCCUGCAAGUGAAAGGCACGUUAUUCACAGAAAUGUCAUAAUCAAUCUGUUUGAUAUUAGAGGCCUGGUUUAGUUUGCUCACGCUUCACCUAUCAGAGAAAGAAAAUGGCACAGAUUUCUAGAAAGCUUCUCCAUCCAACUGUGUAAAUUUAAACUUGCAUACAGUCAGUGCUCCACGUUCACAGGGGUUGGGGGCACAGGACCUCUGCAAAAGUAGAAAAAUUACAAGUAAAAUUCCCACUGGAUUUUUUUACUUGAAAAAAACAUAUCUCUGGGAAGCUUUAGGUCCUCCUUCAUGACUCCAUGGUCAACCGCCACUAGAAUAACAUAGAGAUUAGGAGAGAGGCAUUCUCUUUAAUAAGAGAUUACUCUAGGUCAGUGGUUCCCAAUCUGUGGGUCCCCAGAUGUUUUGGCCUACAAUUACCAGAAAUCUCAGCCAGUUUACCAGCUGUUAGGAUUUCUGGGAGCUGAAGGCCAAAACAUCUGGAGACCCACAGGUUGAGAACCACUACUCUAGGUGCUCCAAUGUGAUUAAAGAGCAUCAAGCAGAAGAUGAUCAUAGGGUCACACUGUAGAAGUUAGACAUUCCUAGAAAACAUUUUAAUCAAAUCUGUGAAUAAUCAAGUCUUCAAAAGGUAAACUCACAAAUAUGGAAGACCAAUUGUACUGGGUGUAAAAGCAUUGCAUGGUAUAAGUACUGGUCCCUAUGUUGAAAUAUAUGUUUUCAGUAAUCUGUUUGAUAGAUCAUUAUGUUGCUCUUGAGUGGGAGAACAUGAUGGUCUUAAUCUAAGGAGUUCUGUGCACCAUUAUGUGCACUCAGGUUUCUGUUUGUAUUAAAUACAACAUGGAGUCUGUUCAGUA